GAGAUUUUUACGGUUUUUAAUAUAGUUGCAUUUAGUUAAAUAAUAAUUUUGUACUUGAACUUGUCCAAUAAUUUAUUAGACAAUACGGAAUAUAUUAUCAUUGUUUAAAAGUAUUCUAUUAAUGUGAGUAAGUUUAAACCUACAGUAUACAGAAGAUUAAUUGUCUAAGUUCUGAAUCAACAAAUUUUUAAAAGUAAAUACUAAAACAGUACUUAUUUAAAAUGACGGACAAAAAAUAUGCAUUUACAAAACUUAACAUGACAGCUACACCAGUCGAAGAUGAUCAAGAAAAGAAGCAGAAGACCAGUGUCAAGUUUGACAACAUUGCGGUUAAUUUGAAAUUUAAGAACAAACAAAACACUUCGACAUGGAGCAACUUUUGGAAAAAGUUGAAGAUCUUAUCGCCAUUCCUCUGGCCAAAGAAGGACUUUGUGUUACAAUUCAAAGUACUAAUUUGUUUUAUGUUAUUGGGUGGCGGAAGAGUGGUAAAUUUGUUCGUUCCCAUCUAUCAAAAGUUAAUCGUUGAUAGUAUGCAGGGUUCCGUAGAAAAAAUGGUUUUUAGAUGGGACUGGGUUGUUCUGUAUGUUGGCUUAAAGUUUCUACAAGGAGGAGGAACGGGAGGAAUGGGACUGUUAAAUAAUUUGAGAUCGUUCUUGUGGCUCAAAGUACAGCAAUAUACAACAAGGGAAGUUGAAGUGGAACUAUUCAGACACUUACAUAGUCUUUCAUUGAAGUGGCAUCUUGGUCGAAAAACAGGUGAAGUUUUGAGAGUCAUGGAUCGAGGAACAGACAGUAUUAAUAACUUAUUAAACUUUCUCAUAUUUUCCAUUUUGCCAACUAUAAUAGAUAUAAUUAUAGCUGUCAUUUACUUUGUGUCGGCUUUCAACGUAUGGUUCGGUCUAAUCGUUUUUGUUACGAUGAUAUUAUACAUUGUACUUACAAUUAUAAUUACUGAAUGGAGAACAAAGUUUCGACGUAGCAUGAUCACAGCAGAAAAUGAAACUCGAACGAGGAGUGUUGACUCGUUACUUAAUUUCGAAACUGUUAAAUACUAUGGUGCAGAAAAAUAUGAGGUAAAAGCUUUUAGAGAAGCCGUUCUCAAAUUUCAAGAAGAAGAGUUUAAGUCAAACAUUACUCAAAAUAUUUUAAAUACUGUACAGAACCUUAUAAUAUGCGGUGGACUGUUGGCAGGAAGUUUACUGUGUGUGUACAUGAUAGUGGAACCUCACACUCUUCAACCGGGAGAUUACGUAUUAUUUGCAACCUAUAUAGUUCAACUUUACAUACCUCUUAACAUGUUUGGUAGUUACUACAGUAUGAUUCAAAGGAAUUUUGUGAAUAUGGAAAAUAUGUUCGACCUUCUUAGAGAAGAACAGGAAGUUGUUGAUUCUCCAGACGCUAAUGAAAUAGUUGUCUCAAGAGGCGGUGUUGAAUUUAAAGAUGUUACCUUCAGAUAUCUCCCUGAAAAGGAGGUUUUAAAAAAUAUUUCGUUUUCUGUCCCAUCUGGGAAAACGGUUGCAUUGGUGGGUCCAUCAGGAAGUGGCAAGAGUACAAUUAUAAGACUUCUAUUUAGAUUCUAUGAUGUAGAGUCAGGAGUGAUAGUAAUAGACGGACAGCAUAUUAAUACUGUUACUCAAGAGUCAUUAAGAAGGUCUAUCGGUGUGGUACCACAGGAUACAGUACUAUUUAAUAAUACUAUAAAAUACAAUAUACAAUACGGUCGACUAACAGCGUCUGAUGCUGAUGUAAUCGAAGCCGCCAGAGGCGCUGACAUACACGAUAAAAUUCUCACGUUCCCAGAAUCAUAUGAAACAAAUGUUGGAGAGAGAGGACUUAGACUUAGUGGCGGAGAAAAACAGAGAGUAGCCAUAGCGAGAACAUUAUUAAAAGCGCCAAAUAUAAUCCUAUUAGACGAAGCUACAAGUGCUUUAGAUACACAAACGGAAAGAAAUAUACAGGAGUCUCUAAAUAGAAUGUGUGCAAAUAAAACUACAAUCAUAGUAGCACACAGGCUAUCUACUAUUAUCCACGCAGAUGAGAUAUUAGUUUUACAAGAAGGAAGCAUAGUGGAGCGAGGAAAGCACGAACAUUUAAUAGCACAAGGAGGAAUAUAUGCAAGUAUGUGGGAACAACAGCUACAAAAUAAAGACAAAGAACCUACAGAAAAUAAAUCAGAAAAUGCUGAGCCUAAGAAACGGAAUAAAAGAAGAUAAAUUAUUACUCUGAAUAAAAAUGUGUUAGUAAUAGAUGGCGGCUGUGGUAUUAAUUAUAGAUGUUAUUUUUAUACACUAAAUAAAUAUUUAAAAUACUCA